AUGUCGAGCUCUACACUUGCGGGUUCGGUCGAUGUGCAACCUCCUUCAACGAGGAGUGAUAGUAACCUUGAUGAACUGAGAGAAAUCCUAAGAGACCUCACGGAAACAGCCACUUCUGGCCAACUGCCGGAACCUCCGGAAUUUCAGGAUGACAACGAGGGCUACUUCACGCCUCCGGAACAUGCUCAAUCACAGAGUGCUGGACAAAGCGGUGGGCAGAGUAAUGAGCAGGUAUAUGGGCAGAAUAAUAACGGAAGGAACAAUCCUUCGCCUCUCGCUGACGAGUCUUCGGAAAGCGAUUUAGAAGACGAAGAUCUUACCCCUCUCGAGUACGCACGCUACCACGGGUUAUCCCGCGACCCUCUCACAGAUCCCCAUGCCUUUGACCACAUUGAAGCGCUUCAAGCUGAUAUCGUGGAGGACAUCAUCGAUGAUUUUCUGCCUCAAUUUGAUUUCGGAGUAGAGCCUCGAUUGGAUGAACGUCUCACGGUUUCAAAAGAAGCUUUACAAUUCCUUCAGUCGGUAGCCCACCGGGAUACUCAAACUUCAAUUGACGCUCUCAUUCUACCGAUGCUUGAAAGGCCGGGUGUCAAGAAUAGCAGGUUCGAACUUCCUUUAUUGAAGACCGAUCAUGAGACCGAUUGUAAGCACUUUGCGCGAUGGGACGGCUUCGAGAUUAAGUUGAAGGAUGUGAAGUUCCCAUUGGAAGUAGUAGACGAUGAGAAAAACGAAGGGAUCAAAUUUCCGUCGUCGUACUGGAAGCUAGGAGAUGGGAUUAUGGAGGAGUUGAAGAAAGAAAAGAUUGAGGUUUCUAAGAGUACAAUGUCGUUCCUUACAGAGGCAUUGUCGAAUGUCUGGACAAAAGAGGACGACGACGAAUUGUGGCAAACUGAAAUGAAGUACAAGAGGAAUACUGCAUUGGAGCCAGUAACUCCUCCCCUUUUCCCGAUGUCUCCUCCUUUUAAACCCUACGAACCAUCACCAUCAUCGCCUACAUUUCAGCUUCACGCGCUUUCAGAUCCUCCGUCUCUUAUCCAAGAGGACCUGGAAUCCAUGGAAAAUGUCAUUUUUCAGCAAGAUGUCCCUAUCCCUAUUCGCGAUGCCACACUCAAAACUAUCCCUCCAGAUGUGGAUGAUUAUUCUUCGUCCGACACGUAUCCAGGAAAUGGAACUGUAAAGUUGGCGGAUAUCUAUUCCCCGAUGGCGUCCUUGGAAGGCGAGACCCCGCCAUCAGUCCAUACUCAGAGGUGCAAGCCGGACGACCUUAAAGUGGAAGGCCCUCUGACUCCUCCGAAACCUAUUAUGACCGCACCAAAAGCCGUUAGGUUCAGUGAUUAUGUUGAAGAUAUGGAGCUCGACGCUCCAAGUCCAGUAGUCUACCCAUCCGCGGAGACUUUCUUCAAUGAUGCCUUUGCGGAAGCAGCUGAAACGGUGAAGCAGCAGCUUGAGCAGGAGUCAUUGGUGAACGCCGAUACAACAGCACGAGUGGAGGUACAAAAGAUAGAGUCGGUAGUCACAAAACCGCCAUGGCAGAAAUUCCAGGAUUGUAAAUCUUCGACCGAACUUCUGGCGUUGCAAAUGGAAACCAUAAGAUCUAUCUCCGACUCGAAGCAACGCAAAUGGACGGGAGUCAAGUACUCAAAUAUUCAAGAGAAGCUUCGUUACAACCCUUUCCCUCACGACUUGGCCAAAGUUGCGCUUGAAGAAACAUUUGAAGGCAGUGAUACGAUGUGGCAAUCAUUUGUGGAAGAUGCCAAGGGCGAAGACAUUAUUGAUAGCUCCAAUCUAACCUGGAAGCUUCCCGGUUUAAGGAUUCUGACUAUCGACGAGGAUGAUGAUGACGAGCUUGAGCCGGCAAAGUUCGUUACAGAUCAUCCUAAAGACAUGUAUUCCCUUGUCAAAAAGCGGAAGCUGGAGCUUGACGAUAAUGGUUACACUGGAUCAGCCAUGCAGAAGCCUCACACCUUUCUAGACAAAGGAGCGGAGAGUACUUUGCAGACAAUGCAGCCACGGAGGAGGUUUACACGACCGCCAAAUGACUUGGUUAUAACGGCACAGACGAUGCAGCUUGAUCGAUCAGAGAAUCCCGGGUUAUUAUUGGGGGGUCAAUUUUCAGCAGAAAACAUGCUUGGCAAUUUCAUGGAACUCCGAGGAGUAAAGAAACCGAAGCUCAUGGACAGCUCGUAUUUUCCCAACAGAGCUGUCAAUGCUACCAGUAUACCACGAAAUCCAACACCAACUAUGUCUGCACAGGCUGCACAAGCACCUGAUGCCCAACAGACCCUUCGACAAUCACUAAUAUCGAAGCAUACUUUCCUGCCCGCUCCGAUUGCUAUAUCCAGGGGUGCUCAGAGCGCCAUAGUCUCUUCGACUCUUUUCGGACAGAGAGCACUAAUCAAGCGUCUCGAGACGAUCCUUCCAGAUCUUACACUUGUAGAGCGCAACUUUGCGGCCCACAAUACCACUGCUUGGAUGCCUGGCUCUGUCACGCGCUCGCCAAUUACUUCUCCCUUGGACUCAGAUGCUGAUGUUAUCGUCUCCGCUUCUACCGGAGUAAUAAUUACGACCCUGCAAAAGAUCAAGCAAAAGCCACUCCCUGGCCAUAAGACCAAAGCAGAGAUUCGCGCUCGGUUGGAGAAAGUCAGCCUCCGGUAUGAGAAACUCGUUGUGUUAAUCACUGAGGGACGACAGGACGAGGAAACGAACGGCAUAGAUGAAAACGAUUGUCUAGCAUUAAGCGAAUUCAUGGGAUUUACGGCUGGUCUCGUGGCAGUAACCACUGUACAGUUCAUCGGUGGAGGCGAACAGACAUUAGCAAAAUGGCUCGCGAGCAUUGCGGUUCAGAACUGUAUGGUUGAUAGCACUGAGCUCCUACCCGAAGAAACAUAUUGGGAGUUGUUCUUGAGGCGAGCGGGUAUGAAUGCGUUUGCCGCUCAGGAAGUUAUUGCGAAGUUGAAGGCCCCGGAUGGUGUUGAUGCUACGAGUCCAAGCAAGGCUGGCCAAUUUGGUUUGACUGCUUUUGUGGAGAUGGGGAGGGAGCAGAGGAUUGCUAGAUUUGCUGGAGUUUGUGGCAGGGGUGUUCUGGAGAGAGUAAGUGAUGUUGUUGAUGCGAAAUGGGAUUAG